CAGCAGUAUGCUCGCCGCAGUUUGGCGGCCGGUCGUGAGAAUGGUGCGUUCUGAGAGUGAACAAAGGAAAAUACUAGCUUCUAAGUAUAAAGUAGAUAAUGUCGUCUGAAUUUACAAAAGUGGAGGUGGAAUACAUUGACGAAGAAAAGACUAUUAAGGAGGGCAGUGGCAGCCAGUCACCCCUAGCGCUCUUGGCGGCCACGUGCAGCCGACUUGGCGCUGCCAACAUGGGGCCCGAUCAACCCAAGGAAGAACCACAAGAACAACACUUCAGUCCGCAACAGCAGCAAGCGGCACAGCAAGCUCAGCAACAGGCUCAGCAGCAAGCCCAGCAGGCGCAACAACAAGCGCAACAACAAGCGCAACAACAAGCGCAGCAACAAGCGCAACAACAAGCGCAACAACAAGCGCAACAACAAGCGCAACAACAAGCGCAACAGCAGGCGCAACAACAGGCGCAACAAGUACAACAGGCUCAACUUAUACAGCAACAGGUGCAAGGCGAUGCAGCAACGCUGGCAGCCAUUCAGCAGCAGUAUUUGCAGCAACAACAGCCGCAGCUGAGGGUCAUCAGUUCAGCGGUGGUACAACAGUUGAGGGCUCAAGGUCUCUCUGGCAACGAGUUGUCGGCAGCGAUAGUGAACGCAGCCAGCGCCGUCCCAAAUGGCAUACAAGUGCAACCGCAAGUUAUCUCCAUGCAACAGUUGCAGUCGCUGCUUGGGGGCGGGGUGGUGCCGGAGGGGGGGUACCAGCCUCAGCAGCAACUGCUGCAGAUACCGCAACUGUUACAGGGCGGGGCAGGUGGCGUGGGGGGAGUGUACGGCGGCUGCCUGGUGGGGGGCGUGACGGGUGUGGGGGGCGUGACGCCCGUGCAGGCCGUGACGGUGGACGGGCAGGACGCCGUGUUCAUCCCCGCGCAGCACGCGCAGAAUUUCUCUGGCAUGAGCCAAGUCAGCCUCGUGAACGGCCAAUUGGUGCGGACGCCCGUGUUGCCCGCUGGAUUCCUGCAAAACGUCAUGCAUCUACCCACGGAGCAACAGGCUACCGUGUCCAUCCCCGGCACUAACCUAACUAUACCGCUCAGUGCGCUCACCGGCAACCAGAUGAUCUCCAUCCCUAGCAGCAGCCUGGUGCCGGGGCUGCAGCUGCCGUGUGGCGCGGCCGCGGGGGGCGCGGGGGCCGCGGGGGGCGCUGGGGGCGCUGGGGGCGCGGGGGGGGACGCCAAGGGCAAGGACAAGCCGGCCAGCCCCAACGAACAAGCAAGUUGUCCAGGUCAAGGCGUGGCGGUGCGCGGCGGCGUGGUGCCGGUGCAGGUGCCGGUGAGCGUGGCGGGCGGACACACUGUGUACCAGACUGUGCAUCUGCCCAUGCACUCGCAGCAUCUGCAGAUCAUACCGCAGCUGCAGCAGAUGCAAGCGCAGCCGCAAGUGGCUAAUGUGUUAACUCCAUCGGGCCAAAUACAGCAGAUACAGAUAGCUUCAUUGGCUAACGUUCAGCAAAAUGGCGCGCAGACGACGGCCAGCGGAACCAACACGCCUGGCACCAUCACGUUACAGGCGGUAUCAGCGCCAAUGGCUGCCGAAGUCCAGCCUCAGAUGAUGACGUCAGCGUCGCCCGUCACCGUCAUGUCGCGCUCUGCCAAUAUGGUGCAGGUGCCAACGCUGGGCGUGGGCGGCGUGGGCGGCGCAGUGCAGCUGGUGCCGGCGCUGGGGCUGCCGGGCGUGCAGCUCGCGCAGCUCGCGCACCAGCCGCAGGCGCAGGCGCAGCCCGUCAUCGGCCAGCAAAUCCAGCAGGACCCUCACGAACCGGGCAAGUGGCAUGUGGUCCAGAUGGCCAGCAACACAAACAGUCCUGGGGAGAACACAUCCGGCACCGAGUGUGAGGCCAAGAGGGCUUCCAGUCCGGGCAAGCGGCUCAUGAAGAGGGUCGCCUGCACCUGCCCCAACUGCGACCAGGGAGAGAAUCGGUUAGUGGACCGCAAGAAGCAACAUCUGUGCCACAUCCCGGGCUGUAACAAAGUCUACGGCAAGACAUCUCAUCUCCGGGCUCAUCUCCGCUGGCACUCUGGAGAAAGACCUUUUCUAUGUAACUGGCUGUUCUGUGGAAAGCGAUUCACGCGAUCCGACGAGCUGCAGCGUCACAGACGAACACACACCGGCGAGAAAAGAUUCGAAUGUCCCGAGUGCAGCAAACGAUUCAUGAGGUCCGACCACCUCGCCAAACACGUGCGGAUACACGCCAAGAACAGGCUGGCCAGCAGAGACAUUACUAAUCACCAAAUAUACUCCGAUUCGGGCGACGACAGUUGCGACGAGAAAAUGACCUUAACCAUCGAGACCAUUCACGCCGGCGAAGAAGACAAGAUGGUUCUCAUGCGGCCCAACGCUAAGAUGGAGUCCGAAACUGUCGAUAGCUAGGACGAUCCCAGCGACGAACAGUCGCUGGAGUAAACUAGAUGGCGCUGUACGCAAAGGAAUACCGCUCACUAGUUGGCGCCACCAGAACGAGCUCCUGUCACUAUGGCUAUAAAAAAGUCUGUGCACGUGCGCACAAGAUCAACAAUUUAAAAUCUACUUUGUAAUGUACAUGGAGUGGCGAAUUUUAUCACCCCUAUGUUUAAGGACUGUUGUGGACUGAAUCGCGCAAGAAAAGUUCUCACAAACUAGAUGGCGCUGUACACGAAUUGAUAUUGUCGCAAAGUGAUUGUUGAGAACUAAAACGCACAAGUAAAGUUUUCACAAUAUAAAUCGAGAUUUGUUAAGUCUUCUGAUUUUGUGUUCUUCAGUCCAGGACUGUAGAUAAUUGAAAACUUCCCGUCGAUAUUCAUUAUUUUAAUUUCUUAUUGGUUGUAGGUAUGAUACCGCUUCUCUGUAUUAUUUCGAGUGUUGCUCAUAAGUUGAUAUCAUUUUUACACGUGACAAGUGUGCAAAUAAAAAUUAUUGGAAAUUGGAAUAUAAAAAAUAUGAAUUGGUGUUCAAAAUGGAGCAUGUGUUAAGUCAAGUAAGUCAAAUUGUAGAAAUAUCUCUAUUAUAAAACGUGAAACGGACACUAAACAUCAGUGUUAGUUUAUAUAAGGAAAAAUGCCAGUUGAUGUGAAAUAAUAGUUAUUUUCAAUGCUGGCUGUAUUGUAUAUGUUUACAACCUAUUUCAAAUAAGUAAUUAUGGGUAAGUGUAUAUUUAGUUUUUGCUUGUUCUUAUUUUUUUAUGUUUAUAUUCUACCACUUGAUAUAUAAGUGUUUUAAGCCGCCUUUAUUAUAUAGGAGUUAAUUAAUAUUUAGUGGCACACACAUUGAUUUCCAUCGAAUUUCGAAGUUAGUUUUUGAAAUGAUUUUUGUCCACACUGAAUGAACUGACCAAAUGAACGUCUACAAAUGUAUUUUUAUCUCUAUUUAGCACUGUAUUGAUAAAAUGACACAUUAAUAUGAUCGUUUACCUUCAUUGGUCCAGUGUGGUCAUAGUAUCAGCCAAUUAGGACACAAUCAAUUUUAAAAUUAGCUCUUUAAUUUAGAUUAGCUGGGGAGCCGACGUAUUAUGAAUCAUCUUUUAGAUUUUAAAGGCUAUUUUUUUCUGAAUCAGUCAUUUUAUAUAUGUUAUUUACGAAGAUAAGUUGAUAACACUAAAUUUAAAUCGGAAUGUCGAAAUCAUUAUGCAUUAGUGUACCUUAUAUACUUAUAUUUAGGUAUCUUUUUCCAUUACAGUUUCAGUUUAAAAAAAAUUACCGAGAGACAACCUUAGGUAUUCAGAAUAGAAUUCUAUAUUGAAUCUGGCCAGUGUGAAUUGACCUCGUAGGAGGUAUGGAAUAUUUAGUAUGUUAUCGGUAGAUUAAAGUAAUUGUAAUUUUUAUACAAAAUUGUGUCAUAGGAAAUUAUGGUUGUUGUAAAAAUUGUCUUUAUCUGUGAUCGAAAUUCGACAUUUUACUACAAAAUGAAGUUAAAUUAAAUACUGUAUGGAAUGUUUGUAUCGUAUUUGCCUUUAGUGAUUAUGAAUAUCGCUUAUUAAGAGUAGAAAAAUCAUAUCAAAAUAUUGCGAUUAACAAAACAGUAUUAAACUUUCUUCAUUUUGUUUGGUACAUUUUAAUUGUGGACUAAAAUUUUACUAUUAAUGUCGUAAGUUGUAGGUAAAUAUAUUGUACUUAUAUGUAAAUUGUAUAUAAGGCUUCAAUUAUCACUGUAGUUCUAUGUGAAUUAAGUUGUGAAGAAGUGAAUUUUUAAAAAAAGACCUCUGUCAGUUUGCUCGUCAAUUUAAAGAAUAGUAAAUAUAGUAAUAAUUAAAAAACAAACUACAACUAGUUAUCGAAAAUUAGCUAUAGCGUUAAAUAAUGAAAAUGUGUAUAUUUACUGUCAAAAGAUCCUUAAUAUAUAAAAAGUGGGUUAGAUUCGUUAUUACUAAUUGUCGUUGUAGUUAUCUUAAAGUUUUCAUCUAUUUUUUCAGUUUGAUUCUUUUCUUUUCUAUUUCGAUUUUAAUGAUUGAGCUCUUGUAACAAAACAUAUAACUACCUACACAAAAACAAUGUAUGCCCGUGUCACACAUAUUUGAUCUGCGAGUCGUGUGUGACACGAAUUCUUUUUUAGUCAAAGACAAAACUAAUGACGAUGACCUAGACAGUGAAGUGUAGCUAAAUGAGUCAUAAAAAGCGGCAGAAUAGACCUUUUAAACCAGGCACAUGGUGAGAGAAAAAAUUCAUAAGCGCUCUGUCCCGUUCUUCUCGUUUGUCUUGUAUGAGCGAAAUGGAAGAUAUGACGAAAUCUAUAGCUAAGCUUUCUCUGUCUACGUUUUUAGUGGGUGUGCAACACAAUGAAUGAUAUUUAUAAAGAUAAUCUAAAAAUUGGUUUUGGUUCUAAAAUUUAGAGCUUCAUCUAUAUCUUUUGUAAGGAAUCAAUACUGAAGUUUUGAUUCCAUACCAACACUAACAGAUAUUUUUAAAACUUUAUGAGCUUUCUUUAGAAACAGAAUUUUCAUAUUUUUAAUACAAAAAUGCUACAUUUUAAAAAAUAUUGAUGAAUUCGUACAAACGUCUGCUACAUCGAAAAACUAGUUGGGGUCCAAGUGUGAAAUGUUUUUAUAUCACGUGUAAAUAUAUGUAUAGUGUAUAAAUUGUAAGCUUGUACAUAAUUUUAUUGUUGAACUGGUUAAUAAAAUAUUUUUUAUACAA